AGGGGCUGCCGUCCGAACCCGAGCCACAAUCCUCGCUACAAUCCCUUCGCAUUGUGACCUCCAGGCCAAUGUCUCGACCACCAGCGCACGAACAUUCGCCGAGCAAUGCUCCGCAAAAUGGGCAAAUGCUGCGACCUCAUGAUAUGAUCCGCCGCCGGGUGACGCCGCAGGUACAGCAGGUUCCGGUACAGCACCGGUACAGUGCCACCAUGCCACCGGAGGCACCAGCACCAAGCCAAUCGCCAAAUCAUGCCCAAAAAUCGCCGAGCCCAACACAAAAAACGAUAAACCCAAAGACCGUGCUGUCCCCGAAAGGGGAGGCCCUGAAAAGCAUCAACUACCACGACAAUGGAGAUUGCCUGCUGACGUUCGAAUCGGAAGUGAUUGCCAAAUUGUUUAUUGAUCACUACAACGGGAAACCUUACCCUUUCGACUAUAGGUAUCAAAUGCGGAUGAGCUACGGCGAGUUCAGCAUCGAGCGCCAGAUACCCAACAAGAAGAAGCUGCGGAUCACGGGGCUCAGCGCCGAUUGGACCGCAGAGGUCAUUUACAAACAUUUGCUCGGGUCGAGCCCCAUGGUGAAGAAAGGAGUCGAAGGGGUAAAACCGAAGUUAGACAAGAGGACGGGGCGUUACCAGGUGAUAGUCGACUACACCUCUGAAGCCGCUUGCCAAGAAGCCAUUGAUCGAUGCCAAGCAAAGUAUCCGGGAACGGCCCUGGAGGCUAGCCAUCUACUCGUCCCGGCUUCAAGCCUUCUUCCAAGUCGCACGAAGCUCGUCAUAAAAGGCUUGCCUAAAGAUGCCACCAACGAAGAGGUCGUGCGCUACCUGUUCAUGAACGAUCCUGCCCUAAUCGUUGAAAGCGUCACCGUCUUCCGCAAGAUGUGCGUGGCAGAGUUCAAGACGGCAGAGGCAGCUCAAAACGUUGAAUGGUUCAAGCCCAAC